CGUCGCCACUCGCUGAUCCGGAAGCGUCUCCAGGAGACGCCGGGCGCGGCGCUGGACGGAGAGGGGCGAUUCCCGGCUCCUCUGAAGGCUUUCUGCUGCUGAGGCGGCAGCGACGGGCUCGGGCCUCGCCACCAUGGAGCACAUCCGCACCACGAAGGUUGAACAGGUGAAAUUGUUAGACCGAUUCAGCACAAGCAUCAAGUCACAAACAGGAACUCUUUACCUCACAGCAACUCACCUGCUAUUUAUUGACUCAAACCAGAAAGAGAUAUGGAUCCUGCACCAUCAUAUUGCUGCGGUGGAGAAGCUUGCCUUAACUACAUCAGGCUGCCCCCUGGUGAUCCAAUGCAAGAACUUCAGGGUAGUUCACUUCAUUGUUCCCAGAGAAAGGGAUUGCCAUGAUAUCUAUAACUCCUUGCUUCAGCUCUCGAGACCAGCAAGAUAUGAUGAACUGUAUGCCUUCUCAUACAACCCAAAACAAAAGGAAGCAGAAAGAGUGCAAGGCUGGCAGCUCAUUGACCUCGCAGAUGAGUACAAUCGGAUGGGAGUGCCGAACUCGGACUGGCAAUUAUCAGAUGCGAAUCGUGAUUAUAAGAUUUGUGAAACAUAUCCCAGAGAACUUUAUGUUCCCAGGAGCGCAAGCAAGCCUAUAAUUGUUGGCAGUUCUAAGUUCCGAAGCAAAGGAAGGUUCCCUGUGCUGUCAUAUUAUCAUACAGAUAAUGAGGCUGCCAUUUGCAGAUGUAGUCAGCCUCUUUCAGGAUUCAGUGCCAGAUGUCUGGAAGAUGAGCAUAUGUUGCAAGCAAUCAGUAAAACCAAUCCAAGGAAUCACUACAUGUAUGUUGUAGACACCAGGCCUAAACUGAACGCAAUGGCAAACCGUGCAGCAGGUAAAGGCUAUGAAAAUGAAGAUAACUAUUCCAAUAUUAGAUUCCAGUUUGUUGGUAUUGAAAACAUCCAUGUAAUGAGAUCCAGUUUGCAGAAGCUUUUAGAAGUCUGUGGGACAAGAGGACUAUUGGUUAAUGACUUCCUGUCUGGUUUGGAGAACUCUGGAUGGCUGCGCCACAUCAAGGCAGUGUUGGAUGCUGCUAUCUUCUUAGCCAAAGCCAUAGCUUUUGAGAGUGCAAGUGUGCUGGUUCAUUGCUCUGAUGGCUGGGACAGGACAUCUCAAGUUUGUUCCCUGGGUUCUCUGUUGUUGGAUCCAUUUUAUAGAACAAUUAAAGGAUUCAUGGUUUUGAUAGAAAAAGAUUGGAUUGCUUUUGGACACAAAUUUUCAGACAGAUGUGGCCAGCUGGAUGGUGACCCAAAGGAGAUCUCUCCGGUGUUUGUCCAAUUUUUAGAAAGUGUCUGGCACCUGACAGAACAGUUUCCAAGAGCCUUUGAGUACAAUGAGGCUUUUCUUCUUCAGAUCCAUGAACAUGUCCAUUCAUGCCAGUUUGGAAACUUCAUUGGAAACUGCCAAAAAGAACGAGAAGAGCUAAGGUUGAAAGAGAAGACUUACUCACUGUGGCCAUUCCUCUUGGAGCAACGUGAAAAAUAUCUGAACCCUGUCUAUAGUGAGAGUUUUUCUCAGUCAUUUACAGUUCUGGAGCCUGACACUGUAUCUUUUAAUUUUAAGUUUUGGAGAAACAUGUAUCAUCAGUUUGAUCAUACGAUGCAUCCGAGGCAGUCUAUUCUCAGCCACGUCAUGACCAUGAAUGAUCAAAAUAGGCAGCUAGAGAAAGACAUUAAGGAACUGGAAGCUAAACUAGAGCACCGGGCAAAAAAGGAUGAUGUCUUCACGAAAGAGCCUUUGCGGUCUGUUCGUCCAGUUUCACCAGUCCUUAAAACAUUGGAGUGCUUUAAGAAAACGCAGCCUCUUUUACCAGGGAAUGACUGCAUUCGGACGAUAGAGGGCUCCAAUGCAGCAGACAAUCGGUACAGUGAAUAUAUGGAAGAGCUCUCUAAAACAGAGCCAGGCGUUGUCAGUCUGGAGUAUGGAGUGGCAAAAAUGACAUGCUAAAUGUCACGUGGAACAGCGCUGCCUCGCUCUGAAAAGACUGACAUUCAAAGGGCAUUGUGUGAGAUUGGUCUCCUGGAGCAUGACCAAAAACUGUGGUGUAAUGGAGAGUCUUAUGAAUGUACAGCUAAAACAGCACACGAGUUAACAAAGUGCUAUUUGUGAGAAGUAAUUGACUUUUAGCAUUAUUGCAAAAAAUGUGGAGAGCAUAGUAAACCUUUUGUGGCUUAUAAGAACUGAGGAAUGAAACUGGUAUAAUAUAACAAACUUAACUUUGCACUAGAUAACUCAUAAUGUUAUUUAAUGUGUGUAUUGCCAAAAUGGUUAAGAUGAUCUCUGAUGAGCUACUUCUCAGGCAAAGCAGCCUUUUUAUUGGGACAACUGGCCAUAAAUAUAUAUGUGUGUGCACGCGCAGUGUAUGUGUACUCCUAUUUAAUCUGUUGCUUGUUACUAAUUUCGGAUAUCCCAGCUGCUAUUGAAAGUACUGUAUAUCACAUGAGAAAAAGCUAUCCUUCCAUUUUCAGUCUGAGGUAUCUCAGAGUGUGCACAGAGGCGUUCUGAAAUUACUCUUUCUCCAGAAUAAUGCCAUGUGAUUUUAAAAUCAAGAGAAAUAUGCUUAGUCUCUCUGUAGGCAGUUGAAUUCUGCUCUCUGUUCAUUGAAGUACUUUUAUUUUAAAAAAUCAAGAAAAUCGGAAAACAGGUAUUAUGAUGAGACUUAACCAUCUUACUAACCCAAAUGUGUGUGCAUUGUUCCUUUUGGUGAGCAGAACUGGUAGAAAGCAAAGCCUGUUUUUGAAACUGAUCAUGCUUUCAGAUGUUUGGCAGAAUUAGUAACUAUCCAGGAAGGAAUCUAGGCAUCAAGCAAGAAAAAGAAGUAGUCUAUAUUUAUAUAGAGUUCGAUGCCCUGUUGGCUGUCCACAGGGUUUUGGGUUCAACUGGCAUAUCUGGUUUUAACAUCUUUGUUUAAAAAGCAAACACCUUUUUUAAUUGGCAGAAGCACUAGUAAUACAAUAUAGCUAAGGAGUAACCACUCUCAGUAGGGAACUGAGGAAGAAUUGAGCAUCAAGUUUAUAGGCUUCAGGUUUCGAAAAGCCACUUGCUUUGAAAACCUGUUAACAUUCAAAUCCUAAGGAUUUGGUUUACCACCUGGGAAUCAAACUGAUCUUUCAUUAACAAGAUGGUUUGCAUUAGGAGAAUUAUACUUUGCACCUUAUAUAGGAAAAUGAAACGUACACCUAAUACUAUCAUUUUUGCUUCACAGGAAAAAAAUGGAUUUGCUGCCACUGUACGAUCCUGCCUCUUGUUUGCUUUUCUCAAUUUAUCUUUAUUCUUCAAAUGAAGGAAACUUUGAGGGCUGAGAUUCUAAACAUAUAUUCCUUGAGGUAUUAGGCUCCCUGGGUGGUAGGAUAGACUAAUUUGUACAUGAGGGAUCAAAUGCUUAUUUGGCUAACAAUGAAAAUUAGUUUAGACUUGCUCUAAUCCCUGAGGGCUGUUUGGUCAAAAGUGCCAACAUGCCACGUGAAACUUGACACAGUUGACCAUAUCUCUCUCUCCGUCCUAGUUGGGUUCUCAGCUUCAGUAACAAGGGCAACACAGAGCAUAAUCAAAUGGACCUGGCAAUGGUGGGUGGGUGGGGAGGAAUGUUGAUAUAUUUUAAAAGAUCGUCUACUUACUAUUAUAAUGUGUUUAAAAAAGUUGCAAGUUGAAAUGUCGUUUUCACAUCUUUGUCUCAAUUAUACGUGUUCAAAAGGUGAGUGGGAAGAGAAUGUGGGACCUGGCUUUCGGUGUAGUAAUUCCUGUGUGAUAUGUUGUGCCAUUUUGUCGGUACAUUGUAAAUUUUGCAUUAACACUGAGUUUUGGAAAGAAGAGAAGAAUGUGCCUUUGGCUUCUUUCUCCCUUUAAUCUUCAGCUAUUUAUGAAUAAUCUAUGUUAUUACAUGAAAAACUGAAAAUACAAGACUAAAUGUUGUAUCACUUGUUUCUUGUAACCUUUUUAUUCAAUAAUAAACAUUACCCAAGUAUAUAA